AUGACAACCUACGGUACCAUUCCAACGGAGUCGCCUGCUCCAGGAUCGAAUCUAAGCUUCCUGAUACGCGCAAAAGAUCAGAUCCAGUCAGGUCUGGGCGGACGAAGGCCAUGGCUGGAGAUGAUCCAGUUCGAUGCUUUCACCUUCCCCACCUCCCUCAACGACGUCCUUACUAGAAUCAGAGCCAAUGUGGGUUUUCUCCGGGUCAACUACGUCAUCAUCAUACUCCUCACGCUUUUCCUCAGCUUGCUCUGGUAUCCCGUCUCCUUGAUCAUCUUCAUUGUGAUGAUGGGUGCGUGGGUAUUCCUGUUUUUUCUACGAGAGGGUCCUUUGAGUGUGAUGGGGAUGGUGAUCGAUGACGGCGUUGUUAUGGUGGUCCUGUUGGUGGCUACGGUGUCCGUCUUGCUGUUGACGGAUGUGAGCAGUAGUAUAAUGAUUGGGGUGUCGAUUGGGGCUGCCAUGGAUCUGGUUCAUGCAGGAUUGAGAAGUCCGGAGGAUUUGUUCUUUGUUGAUGAUGAUGAAGAAAGGGUUAGUAGAUCCAACGUUAUUGUGGGUAGGGAUGCUUCAAAUAUGCGUUUGAAAAAUCCUGCUUCUUCUUCUUUUUCUUCUUAG